CAGCUCAGACAUCAGAAAUCUCCGAGACAACAAGAGAGCUCCCUGCUCCUUCCUAGCAAGCAGAGCCAGGAGAGUCCAAGAGGGAAGCUCGUCUCACCUCUCAUCAUGAACGGCAAGUUGGUUGCUGCUGUCUUGGCUCUUUUCCUAACCUACGCAGCGGUGUCAGAAGGGAUGAGUCUGGCAAGGAUGGGGAAUGAGCUCCGAUGCCAGUGCAUCGACCUGCAUUCCAAGUUCAUCCCUCCCAGGAACAUUCGGGAUGUGAAGCUGACCCCAAGCGGACCUCACUGCCAGAACACUGAAAUCAUCGCUACUCUCAAGGACGGCAGAGAAGUGUGCUUGGAUCCCACUGCUCAAUGGGUGAAGAGAAUCAUUAAAGCAAUUUUGGACAAAGAUCAAGCCAAUGCUGAGGCAAAACGCUAAGAGAAACCAAAGAAGAAAAAUCUCAGAUGUUCUCCAGUUUCCCCUUGAAGGAAACACCUCUGUGAAAAUGCCAGUCCAUCUGCAAGCAGCCCACCUCCUUCUGUUAACAUGUUUUCAGGCAGACUCCAGCUAGCAGUACCUAUUUUCUAUUUAUGUAUUUAUUUAUUGAGGUGCUUCAUUUUAGGAGAGUUUAAAAAAAAUGGCUCAGUUGUGCAUGGGAUAUGCCACUUUCUGCAGUUGAAAGCACUGGAUGGGGAAAAGUGAUUUGCUGAGGGAAAUGACCCUUUGGAAACCACUGAAGCUGAACAGGGCUGUAUGAGUGCAAUGCACUUGCAGCACAGCUGUAUUUAUUGUAAGCCUGGCUCUUUCCCUGUUAGAGCAGCAAACUGGCAACAGUUACCCCUCCCCUGCAACGGGUAUGUUGCAUCAACAGCCUGAGGCUGGCUACUGCCUGGGGUUCUGUGGCUUUCCGAAAUGAAGCAGCCAAAGUGCUGUUAUUUGGGGAGCAUUAUGUAUUGUGCUAUAGCACAUGAAUGUUUUUCUCUCUCGCUCUCUAUUUAAAAAGGUAAUAUUUGAGUAGAAAAAAACAAACUAUUUAUUUAAGUGAUUUUUGAUUC